AUGAAGAGUAUUUGCAGUCUGUACAAUGAGCGCAAGUAUAGGUAUAAAAGGAAGCACGAGCAUUUGAACUCUUUAAAUCUUUCAAAUAAAAAGACGAGAGCUUGCGAGUACGCACGAGAGCUUACUGAGAUGAUAACCCUCGUGAGAGCAAUACAGUUGCCUGGUGUACACUGUAUGCACGGACAUGAACCAGGGAGAAGAGAGAAGCUUUCUAGGUACCGCGCAACCCUCAUUGUCCCCACCCAGCUCAUCACUUCACUUAUAUUACAUUACACUCGAAACAAAAGAGCUCUUAAAACUAUGCCAUACAUGUAUGGUAAAUAUCGACAACCGAGAGUAUAUGGAAGACUUUAUCUAUUGAUAGUUAAUUGGAGUUAUUGUUAUUAUGUUUUAGACUUGGCGGGUAUUAUUGUGAUGGCCCGAGGAUACUCAGUCAGAAUAAUAAAAAUAAAAUACGGUUACCAUUAUCAGAAGAGGUGCUGCUAUAAGCCAACAAAAUUGAAUACAUUGGGCAAUCCACAAAUAAAAGAAACAGCGCAAAUAAUAAGAACUAACAUUUCGUGGCAAAUAGAAAAAUUAGAUUCUAAGUACUUGUCUUAUAAGAGCUCAAAAUUAAAGAUUUGCUAUCACAGGAUCAAUUACUAA